GCCGGGGAAACAAUAUGGUGGAUGGUGGUCACCAAUUUAUUUUUCUGUCGCAGAUCAUCGUUCUUGCUUCGCUUAUUUGAAGAUUAAUGCAUGGCAAUGACUUCUGAAAUAACGCCGUCCCCUCCACAACAGGGCCAUGAGCCCCCUAUGUACCUGCAGCGCCCGUCCUCGGGGCGAUCACAAGACGUAAGCCAUGUCCUCGCCAAGACUUUCCGCGAGCUGUUUACAAGGGAUGUCAUAGGCUCCGACAUGAUUCGGAACUUAAGCAUAUCAAAGGGCGGACCAGACCAGUACCAUGAGCGAUAUGUCACUGCUCUUCAGGAGGUCCACGAGGAGCGAGAGCGCCGUAUGGCUGAGGCCACAAUGCUUGAGCGGCAUAUCAUGCAGGCCCAGGCCCGCGCAAUGUCCUCGGAUGAACGAGAACUCAAUCGCAUCGGGUCGGCGUGCAAAGGUUAUAAAGAUCUUGGCCUUCCUCCGCCACGAUCUCACUUCCGUUCCUGCAUCGAUAACGAACUGCUCAAGAAACAUAACCUAAUCACACCGGACGAUUAUGCCACUGCGAUGAUGCCUGCUGUUCCGCCACCACCAAUUCCCGAUGUUCCCGAGUUUGCAAGACCAACCACAUCAUCUACGAUUCACCAGUCGACCAAAAGUGCCAAUGGCAUCCGAUCACAGACACUGACACCCUUGUCGGCACGAUCGGAACCGAACCGUCUGGAUCUGGAUCUUGAUGACAAGCACUUUCAUAGUAUCUGUAGUAGUGCUAGUAGCGUGGACACCUUACCAAGAAUUCAGAAUAAUGAUGAAAUGUCUCGAGGUUUAAAAGAUGGCAACAAAUACUGGCAAAAACACAUGAAGGAAGAACAGAGAGAAAUUGACAGGGUUGACCUGGCCAAUCUCGAGGGGCGAUCCAACUUCCUCCGCAAUCCCCGCACGGUUCCACCAUCGGCACAAGGUGGUGCCAGAUCACUUAUAAAAUCCAGCAAGAAAAUCGCGAAAGACCUCGGUACGAAACCGAAAUCGGAAAAACCGACAAAGAGGGAGCCGUCGGUAGUGUUUUUAGCAACGCCACCUGUUGUCACUUUUGAUGAUUACAACGUCGGGAGAGUUUAUCAAAUGACUUUGGAACUGAAAAAUGUAACGACAGCGAUGAGGCCGAUUCGUGUCCUUCCGCCCGCAUCCUCGUAUUUCAGUGUGAGUCUCGGGCAAUUCCCCGGCGAACAGGGCCUAGUUGCGCCAGGCAUGAGCUGCCAGUAUCAGAUAUCCUUUGCUCCAGACUCCCUGGGAGACUAUGAGGACGUUUUGAAGAUUCAGACGCAGUCGUCGACACCGAUGAUCAUUCGAUUGGAGGGGAAACGAGAACCACCAAAACUCACCUUGCCGGAGUGCAUAGACGUCGGUCAUUGUCUUGUGAGUGGCUGUCGUAUCGCGCAAUAUUUGGUGAAGAAUGAAGGCGGGAUGGGCAAGUUCUGUGUCAUACCACGCGAUUCUUGGCCAGCGACCAAUUUCAAGACGUCUGUGAACCCAGAUGGCGUCAUCCUACCGCCCUUCCAGAUCCGCCCCUCAAUCUUUCAACUUGACAGAAACGAAACCAUCGUAAUGGAAGUCGUUUUCACUCCACCAUCAAUAAAGAGUUACUCUCGGACAAUCGCAAUAAUCUGCGACAAUUGUCAAGUUCGCUACUUCACUGUCGUCGGGGACGGACAAACAGCGGGGGUGGAAUUUGCAGAAAUCGAAGGUGGGACGUCUGACGUCAUGCCGGGAGAAAACAGCGACUUGACGUCGCAACAUCUUGUGAAAUUUGAAACUUUGAAUCCGUUCACGUACGUUCAGAAGGAGAUGAUGGUUCGCAACACAACGCAUGUUCAGUUGCCGUUCACAUGGAAAGUCGUUAAGCCCCACUUCGCUUGCCCUGAUCCUGAUAAUUCAGAAGUCGACCCUCCGAUGAGUCGUGUCCUUGAUGUGGAGUCCGCGUUUACGAUUGAGCCAGCCAGCGGUGUGCUUAAGCCGAAUGAAAGGGCGGCAUUCCUUGUGACUUUCGCACCGCCAGAGGUGGCCAAGUAUCAUAGUGUUCUUCACAUGGUGUUGCAGCACGUGCCUGACCAUCAUGAGGACGAUGGGGAGAAUGAGAAUAAACUACCGGACCCAGAUCUCCUCCUGAAAGAUGUGACGGCCCUUGAAGUUGAGCUGAAGGGAGAAUGUGACCCCUUAAAUGUGACUGUACAACCCUACGGUGUCUAUAUCCCAGGGAAGACGCUGGUUGGCACGACGAUCAGGAAACAAAUCCAACUGACCAAUCACAGCAUCUCUAUGGUGUUGUAUCAGUGGGAACCGGUGACGGAGGGCCCGAUCAUCGAGGUGGAGCCACCUAUUGGAGAAAUAGCUCCUAAUCAAGCAGUCAUGCUGGAUAUCAGCGUGACGGGAUCAGAGCCUGGACCAAUCAAAGAGGUCCUGAAAUGCUUCGUUGAAAAUCUCGACGAACCGAUACACCUGUUCGUAGAAGCCGAUAUCAAGGGCCCUGAAGUCAGCGUCGAUAACGCUGAUUUGAAUUUCGGACUGGUGCAUCUUGGGAGUACGGUUUGUUUGGACUUAGUCGUGAGGAAUACGUCGCAUAUCCCGGCGAGAUGGGGAAUACAGGAGAGCGUAGCGUGUGCAGAUAGCGAUAAUGCCAUGGCCGAGACGGAGUUCAAAUUCAAACCUUGCGGAGGUGAGCUGAAACCACUGGAAGAUUUGACGAUCGAGGUCCGGUUCUGUCCGACGGAAUGCAAGUCCGUGCGUACCGUAAUAGAACUGGCAGUUGAAGACGGAAAUGAAUGCAGCAUUCUUGCGUUGGCUGAGGUGCAGGUCCCACGCGUUUGUCUGUUGUCAUGCCAACUCGAAAUGGAGGAUGUUUACUUAGAUGUGGAGGUUGAGCAGACGAUCACGCUCUAUAACCAGACGUUAUUGGAGACAGAUUUUGAAUGGCUUGAGCCGGAAGGCACCGAUGCCAACAUCUGCAGUGUGACGGUCGAACCAAAAUCCGGCCAUCUUUUGCCCCGAGAAGAAAUGCCGAUGACAGUCAGGUUUACAGGGCAUCGUCAGGUGGAGAUGUCGGACCUGAGGUUGCCGUGCGUCAUCGAGGGAAUGGAGGAGCCGAUAUAUUUGGCGUUGAUGUGCGACAUCCAGGGGUUGACUGUUUCGUAUCGGACACCGGGGGACGAGAGCGAAUCUACUGAAACUGAUGUUGACGAAUCAGAUGUCCUCAGUUUGAACUUUGACACCGUGAGAAUUGGUGAUUGCCCCAAGCGAUUCCUCCACAUCAAGAACAACUCAGCCAUCACAGCGCCGUUCAGCAUCACUGUUGAGAAUUUCUCCGCACGGCCCCCGUCCCCACCUGAUUCGAAGGAGAAGUCAUUCAUGCCUAAUAAAGGUCAACGCCGAGCUAUUCUUAACCGCACCACAAACCUCGCCAACCCGUCGAGCAAGAGCCCCGCCAGGGCGCACCUGGACUUGUGUCGAAUGAUGCUUCGUGAGGGGAAGGGCGCUGCCUUCUCCAUCAGCCCAGCGUCAGGCGUGCUGCCACCUUUUGAAGAGCAGACGAUCGAAGUGACGGGAUACAGCGAUAUGUGGGGUGAAUAUGAAGACAAGUUACUUUGCAAGGUUGAAAAGUUAGAUGUGGUGGAGAUCCCGGUGAAACUGUCUGUGACUGGCUGCCCGUUGGAAUACCAGAUGAUGGCAGCCGCAGGAAUCAAGACGCCCACUCUACGAUUCGGAACGCAUGUGUCGGGAGUGGCGCCUUCUAACAGACAAGUCAGAAUCAACAACUCAAGUCCAUUUGAAAUACGAGUCGACUGGGAAGUUUACAACCUCGUCCCCGACGACGACAAACUCCUUGACCUUGUCUUUACGUACGGCAAACCUUUCCCUCUUAAGGACCAAGAUGGGAACGAGAUUGAACCGCCCGCAGAAACUCCCAUUCCACCUUUGCAGCGUCUCCCCACUGACGUGAUCCCCAACUCUCCAGACUCCAGUAUCCCGAAUCCAAGCCGUCAACAAACGUUGACGAGUGCUUUCUCAAGUGCGUUAGGGACCAUCUCAGCAGAGCAGAAAAAGGCUGUUUCAGUUACGAUGCGUGGACAUGAAGGGGUUAAAAGUGCCUCGCCAUAUCACAUCACACCGUCACAGAUUACGAUCCCGGCAAAAGGAUGCACGAAUAUUUGCGUCACUUUCACACCUCCAGCGAAUGAAGAGGUCGCACAGGAUAUGGAAUGCGUGUCGUAUGUCCUAGGUUACAUGAAUCUGGAUGAUGACGUUACCGUUAGCAACAGUAGCAGACGUCUCCAGGCUUUGGAUGUUGAGCCAAUCAGAUUAGACAUGGCGGCUUUGGUGAAGCCGGCGCUGCUCACGUUGGAAACGGCAGAUGACGAUGGGAUGAGGUAUAUAUCUGGGCUCAGUGACCUGAUGGAUGAAACUCUAAGACAGCUGAGCCCAGACCACAUCAAGUCAAGUCACGCCAUGAUCAGUAACCACACCGAGACACCCAUGACCUUCCGACUACUGGUGACGCGGCCUUUUAUCCUUCUGCAGCCGUGCGGACAUGACCGUGAUGAUGGGCAACAGACGUCUCCAGAAAUCACUCUCUCCCCACAUAAGAAUUUGCCGGUUUCCGUAGGUUUCGUCGUGACCAAGGACCUCCUCGCCCAUGUGAACGAUCUCCAGCCAGAGGAGGAGCAAAACGGCGUCACACUGACUGUCAACAACAAUGAAAGGAAGCUCCACUUUAGACAAGACCUGGUUGUCAAGUUUAACAACCACACGCAGCAGACUCUGCCAUUGCACGCCACCCUGACUAUUCCGUCAAUUCAACUCUCCAAGACGGAGUUGGACUUUGGCACGUGUCUCGUGGGGCAGGAGCGAUGUCAGGAAUUCAUUGUGUCGAACACGACCGCUUCAGCCAGCUACUGGAUGGCAAUGAUCGAGAACCAAUCAGAUACGUGCACAAAUAACACGUUCCUCAUGAAUCCGUUCACUGGUAAGCUGGAUGCGUAUCUGACCUACAUAUCAGACAGCAAGACUCUGAUUAAAGUCUACUUCACAGCUAAGCACAGCGAGAGUUACGAGGCAACGUUCGUCUUCCAAGGACUUCUGGGAGAGGAGGUGCAGUAUCUGACUGUCCGAGGAGAGGGAUCGUACGAUGGAAAACACGAAGCUAUUGUCAACAUUUAGACGUCUGCUGUUGAAUACGACACUAACAGUUGGCCCGGAAGUUGCAACGGUACACUUUAGACAAUGGGAGACUUCUAAAAUGUGGAAUCUGCCGAUGCAAUCAUUCCCGAUUCCACAUUUGAGCAGACUCCCAUUAUCUAAAGUGUACCGUUGCAACUUCCGGGCCAACUCUGUAAGUGUCGUAUUCUGUCAGCUGUUGGGACAAAGCAUGUUUUUUGUCAUACUUCAGGACGUCCAAACAGAAUUCAGCAUUACAGUUGACCCUCUCUAUUAAGGACACCCUCGGGACUGACAAGUGAUGUCCUUAAUAGAGAGGUGUCCUGAUUAGAGAGGUCAAACUGAAUGAAAAGACCCAAUUUGGGACCAAAACUAGUGUCCUUAAUAGAGAGGUGUCCUGAUUAGAGAGGUCAAAUUGAAUAGAAACUACCAAAUUGGGACCAAAACUAGUGUCCUUAAUAGAGAGGUUGUCCUUAAUACAGAGGUGUCCGCUAAGGGAGUUUCCACUGUAUUUGUGUCAGCUCAACUUCACCUGUCCAGUGAAUGUGAUAUAAUACGUCAACAAGAUGAAUUAUCAAAAACUGCUGUGUAAGAAGAUAUGUGCGGAUUUGAAACUGUUGAAUUAGCAUAUAUGCAGAUUUAAAAAUGUUGUCUUAGGUGUGCAGAUUUCUUCAGGCAGCAUCUUAUUACAGAAUUAAGUUUCCCCAAUUGUUUUUCUGUUCAAGUUUUUUUCCUCUCACCGUCGGUCUGUCUGAGAGAACUGUUUCUUCCAAGUGAUCUGCUGAAUACUGUAAAUAUUGUAAAAUAUUCUAUUAAAAGGCAGUGUAUAUAUGUGACCCGUUCUAGCAAAACCAGUCGCAUGUCGCACAUAAGAUGAGCCUAGAUGACACCUGGAGAUAAUAGAAGAAAUUGAUGUCGUCAGAUUUCACAAAAGGCAGACAGUAGUGAAAUGAACAAACGGUCAGUCUCAACCUGCCAAGCUCAGAGCGACAUGCGACUGGUUUUGCUGGAACGGGUCACAUAUACAAAGUGUGUGAUGUAUUUGAUAAGAAACCAUCCAUAUAUAGAG